ACAGCAUUUGAUUUUUUCAACAUGGUGUACGAGUGCAUUGUUAUAGGAGCGGGGAUUCAGGGCUCGUUUACCGCCUACCACCUUGCCAAAAAUAACAAGAAAACCCUGCUGCUGGAGCAAGUCGGUGAUAUAUGUCAAAAACUAGAAGCAUACUGUUUCUGUUGCACAGUGAUUUACAUUUGCAGAGCUGUUUGUCCUGCCACACACACGUGGGAGCUCUCAUGGCCAGACGCGCAUAAUCCGAAAGUCUUAUGCAGAAGACUUCUAUAUACACAUGAUGGAGGAGAGCUAUGAGCUGUGGGCACAGCUGGAAAAGGAGGCAGGAAUUAAGCUUUACAGGCGUACUGGCCUGCUGUUGAUGGGUCCAGAGAAUGGAAAGGACUUCCAGCUCAUUAAGUCCUCAAUACAGAGGAACAAGGUUCCCAAUGUAGUGCUGGAAAAGCAUGAGUUCAGCCAACACAUUCCCAAUGUCAACCUGACUAGUGGAGAUGCUGCGGUCGUGGAAACCUCUGGCGGAGUUUUGUACGCGGAUCGAGCACUCAGAGCCGCACAGAUGGUGUUUCAGUCACAUGGCGGUGUGAUAAAAGAUGGAGAGAAAGUGAUUAAUAUUGAGCCUGGCAAUAUAAUUACAGUGACUACAAACUCUGGCACAUACCAAGCGAAGAAUCUAGUGAUCACAGUCGGUCCGUGGGCCAAAACGCUUCUCUCUCAAACUGGACUGCACCUUCCACUGCAGGUGGUAAAGAUAAAUGUGUGCUACUGGAAGGAGAAGGUUCCAGGCUCCUACAGCAUCAAUAAUCGCUUUCCCUGCUUCAUCCAGAUCCAGCCGAAGGAGGCGGAGCACGAUAUCUAUGGCCUUCCAUCCAAUGAAUAUCCGGGACUGAUGAAGGUUUGCUACCACAUGGGCAGUGAGACGGAGCCGGAUGAGAGAGACAGGCAGACGGAUAGACGAGACGUGGAUGCUGUGUCGAACUACAUCAGUCGCUGCCUCCCUGGUCUUGUGCCUGUGCCGGCUAUUGUAGAAGGCUGUAUGUACACGGUGACACCUGAUAAUCAUUUUGUCUUAGACCACCACCCCGCCUACAGCAACAUUGUGAUUGGAGCUGGCUUCUCAGGCCAUGGUUUCAAGUUUGGUCCAAUCGUAGGAAAGGUGCUGUGUGAGCUGAGCAUGGGCCAGAAUCCGUCCUAUGACCUUUCACCUUUUAGCAUUCAGCGCUUCCAGGGAAACCCCCAAAAAGAUCCAUGAGACCAUCAUGUGUAGCAGAAUACAUGUUAAGAAAUUCAUGACACAGUAAUACAAGGCACAGUGCUGAUUUUUUUAAAGAAUGCUUAUGAUUAGGGCUGAAGCUAUCGAUUAUUUUAGUAAUCAAAUAUUCUACUAAUUAGUCCAUCGAUUAAUCAAGUAAUUCUUCAUUGAAGAGCAAUAAUAAAUAUACCACAGAAAAUAA